UGCGGCUCCGCUGGCCUCGACACCAUUUUUGCCUUGCAUGACCUCCGCCGCCGCGCCGCCAACAUCGCUGCACCGCCCGGCGGUGAGCGCCACACACGGAGCCAGAGCGUCCGUCGCGGCGUCGAGCAACAGGGUGCACCUUGGUAACCUCGAGCACCUCUUCCGAAGCCGCGGUGCCGUCGAGAGCAGUGGGACUGCCGCGGCGCCUGUGCAGCCGGCACGCAGGAGGCAGCAGGCACCGCUGCUGCGGCUGCCGUCCUUCUUCAAGCGGGCCAAGGGCGACUUCGCCGUGGCCAAGGAGGAGCAGGUGGACUUGUCGCCGCGCCUGUUCCAGCCGGUGCCGCCCGACGGGCCGUCGCCGCGUGGGGACAUCGCGGCGUCGUGGCGGCGGCUGCACGGCGAGGACGGCUGGCGCGGCCUGCUUGACCCGCUGCACCCGGACCUCCGCCGCGAGAUCGUCCGCUACGGGGAGUUCGUCGACGCCGCGUACGGCGCGUUCCUUUCCCAGCCCGACGCCACGCCGGGCGACCUCGCCGCCCCCGUGCACGUCCCGCUCCAGGACGCGGCCUACCGCGUCACGGCGCCACUAUUCGCAACCUCGUCCGUGGGCUUCCCGUCCUGGCUCGGGCUUGCCGCGCCGUGCGCCGCGCAGCGCACGAGCCUCGUCGGGUACGUGGCCGUGUGUGACAGCCCCGACGAGGUCCGACGUAUGGGCCGGCGCGACAUAAUCAUCGCACUCCGUGGGACCUGCACGGUCCUUGAGUGGGCUGAGAACUUCCGCGCCGGUCUCGUCCCGGCCACCGAAGCGGUUGACGCCGCAGCUUCGGCGGUCUCCGCCUCCGACGCAAAGGUGGAGUGCGGGUUCCGGAACCUUUACAAGACAGCCGGCGACGGUUCGCCGAGCUUGUCAGAGAUGGUCGUCACCGAAGUGCGCAGACUACUGAAAAAGUACGAGGGAGAGGAGGUGAGCAUCACGGUGACGGGUCACAGCCUGGGGGCGGCGCUGGCGGUGCUGAUCGCCGACGAGCUCGCGGGCCACGGCGACGCGCCGAAGCCAGUGACGGUGUUUUCGUUCGGGGGACCGAGGGUGGGGAACCGCGCGUUCGCGGAGCGCGUGGAGGCCCGGGGCGCGCGCGUGCUCCGCGUGGUGAACGCGCACGACGUCGUGCCGCACCUCCCGCCGCGGCCCGGCGGCCGGUGGUACGCUGAUAUCGGCCGCGAGCUCCGCCUUGACAGCCGCGCAUCCCCGUACCUCCGUCCCGAUGCCGACGCCGCCUGCUGCCACGACCUGGAAGCGUACAUCCACCUCGUCGACGGCUUCCUCAGCUCGCACUGCCCCUUCCGCGCCAACGCCAAGCGCAGCAUUCUGCGGCUGCUCAAGAACCAGGGUGGCAACGUCAAGCAGCUCUACAUCAGCAAGGCCAUGGACAUGCGCGCCCGGCUCGACGCCGGUGGCGCCGUUGACAUGCCUGGCUCGCCGCUCAGUCGUCUCGGUGCGCCGAGCACCGUGCUUGAGUGCGUGCACUGAGUACGACGACGGACCGGCGGGAAAUGUCGGCGGCACCGUGUUUGGUCUCUUGUUCAGGGCGGGUAAAAGCAGCUGACUUUUGAUAUUCUUUUAGAAUAUAUAGCCGGUCCUCAAGUUUUACCAAGUAAAGAUGAUAAUGAUGUGUUGCUUUGAUCAGCAGACACAGAAUUGGUGUGCACAUCAAAGUCACAAGAAGACUUGUGCAGCUCAAGAUUUGUUGAUUUAUUGGUAUUUAUGUACAAAAACAGUGGUGUUGCCUACGUGUGAAAGGGCGAUCCAUCGGAGAUCCCGCUGUCAGCGAGUGGAUAAUACUACUACGUCCAGAUACAUCGAUUUCAUCGUCGAGUAAUUCUGGACAGAGGUAGUAUGUUCAUGUA